UUUAUGAAAGCGGCUGUGCCGGUCUCUUUACUGCGACCUGAGUCUGGAAACCAGCAGUCGGCUCCUCUCCAUCCCGAGGAGAGCUGAAGCGCAGAGGAGCAGGAGGGAAGUGGCCCAGCGCGGACCCGGGCGGAAGACUAAGGUGCUACCUCCCUGGGACAUCAUGGACUUCUCAGUGGGAUUGUAUCUGCUAUGGGCAUUAGUGUUGAACUUUGGGCGUGGCACACUGGGCGGCAUCCUGUACCGUGUGCGUGAAGAGCAGCCGCCAAGCACCCUGAUAGGCAGUCUGGCAGCUGAUCAGGGCUUACCUGACUCUGGGCAUCUGUACAAGUUGGAGGUGGGCACCCCUUACCUGCGGGUGGACGGCAAAACAGGUGAAAUAUUCACCACUGAGAUCCCCAUAGACAGAGAGACUCUGAAGGAUUGUCGCAUGAAAGGAAAGCCAUGCUUUCUGGAGUUUGAGGUGUCUGUCACGGAUCUCAUCCAGAACCAAAGCCCCCGGCUGAUUGAGGGACGGAUUGAGGUGCUUGACAUCAAUGAUAACACGCCGCAGUUUCCCUCACCCGUGCUCACGCUCUCUGUGCAGGAGAACACUCAUAUGGGAGCCACUUUCUCCAUCCCACUGGCUACUGACAAAGAUACAGAGCGUAAUGGUGUAGCUGACUACACCCUCUCUGCUGGACCAGAGGCUGUUGCACUCUUUGGCCUACAAGUGGCAGAUGACAGGGGUGAGAAAUUGCCUCAGCUCAUUGUGAUGGGAAACCUGGACAGGGAGUUUAAAGACUCCUAUGACCUAACCAUCAAAGUAGUAGAUGGGGGAAGCCCACCUCGCUACAGUAGUGCCUUGCUGAGAGUCGUCGUCACAGAUGCCAAUGACAACGCACCCAAGUUUGAGAAAUCAUCCUAUGAAGCAGAGGUUUCAGAAAACAGUCCUGUUGGACACUCUGUAUUACAGGUCAAGGCCAAUGACUCAGAUCUGGGUCCAAAUGGCGAAAUUGAAUACAUCAUUCAUCAAGCCAGUGAUCCAGUGCCAAAGCUGCUACAGAUUGACCGAUCUACGGGCAUCAUAUAUGUAAAAGGCCCGUUGGAUCGUGAGGAGCUCAACAGCUUGAAAUUUCACGUUAUUGCACGGGACAGAGGUCCGUCACCUAAAAGCUCAACAACAUACAUUACUGUUGAGGUAACUGACCAGAAUGAUAAUGCACCAGCUGUGGAGAUCCGUGGAAUCGGUCUUAGGACCCAUAGUGAUGGGGUGGCAAAUAUCUCAGAAGACAUGCCAGUGGGCACUGCGGUGGCACUGGUGCAAGUGUCAGAUAAGGAUGAGGGAGAGAAUGCUGUGGUGACAUGUGUGGUGGCAGGAGAUGUUCCAUUCCAGCUCCGACCAGCUGGAGAUUCCUCUGUUGAUAACAAGAAGAAGUACUUUCUGCAGACCACCACACCUCUGGACUUUGAGCGAGUCAGGGACUAUCGGGUGGAGAUAGUAGCUGUGGACUCAGGCAACCCAGCUCUGUCCAGCACCAACUCCCUGAAAGUUCAAGUGACUGAUAUUAAUGACAAUUCUCCCAUAUUCUCACCCCCAGUGUUUGAAAUAGAGUUUUCUGAAGAGAACCAGCCCGGAGAGAAGGUUCUUGAUGUCAUUGCCGUAGAUGCGGACAGUGGCACCAAUGCAGAACUCAUCUACAGUAUUGUUGCAGACUCCUCGACAAAGGGGCUCUUUGAAAUUGACCCAAACACAGGUGAAGUACGAGCGAGGAGCCCACUUGACCGUGAGCACAAAGAACGCUACGAGUUCCGUGUUACAGCAGCCGACAAAGGUGUUCCUAGCCACAGGGGUACUGCUACUGUUGUGAUCAAAGUACUGGAUAGGAAUGAUAAUGAUCCCAAGUUUAUGCUUAGUAGCUACAGCUUCUCUGUCUUGGAGAACAUGCCACCACUCAGCCCGGUUGGCAUGGUGACUGUAUUAGAUAUGGACAAGGGAGAAAAUUCCCAAGUGCAACUUUCUGUUGAACCAGAUGUUGGAAAGUUUGUAGUACAGAAUGGCACAGGAACAAUCCUAUCAAGUAUAUCUUUUGACCGGGAGAAAGAAAGCAGCUACAGUUUCCGACUCAAAGCAGUAGAUGGAGGAGAACCCCCCAGGUCAUCUUAUGUUGGUGUGACCAUCAAUGUACUUGAUGAGAAUGACAAUGCACCAGUUGUUACCAAACCUUCCAAUUCAUCUUUCACACGUCUGUCUCCCCUGGCUGCACCUGAUAGUGUUGUUGAGGUGGUGGAGGCAGAAGACAUCGACUCUGGCUCAAAUGCUGAGCUGGUGUAUAGUAUUGCUGGGGGGAACCCCCAUGAGCUCUUCUAUAUAUCUCCCUCUGAUGGAGAGAUCAAACUAACGAAGGAACUGACUCGGAAACAUGGAGGUCUGCAUCGCUUGGUGGUUAAAGUAAGUGAUAGGGGUAAGCCUUCUCGCCAUGCCAUUGCCUUGGUGCACAUUUAUGUCAAUGAGACCAUUUCCAACAUCAGCCUAGUGGAGGGUCUAGUGGGACAUAGCUUAUACACUCCACUGGACACAGACAUUGCGGGUGACCCUGACUAUGGUCUAGCUGCUCAGAGAAGCAAUAUCCUCUAUGGUAGUUUGGCUGGUGUGGCAGGAGUUGUCACAGUAAUCCUCGUGGUCGUCUUCAUCAGGCAUCGCCUACAGAGAGAAACCAAGAGCGGCUAUCAGGCUGGCAAAAAGGAGACCAAGGACUUGUAUGCACCCAAACAAGGACCAAAGAGCAUUAAGGGUAAAAAGGGAAGAAAGGGAAAGCCUCCCAAAUCACCCAAACCUCUUGGAGAAGAUGAAGAGGUCAGCCUCCAAAAGAGUCUGAAGUUCAACAUUGAUGGGGUUAAUGACAGCCCAAGGAUCCACCUGCCCUUGACCUACCCACCUGGCAGCCCUGACUUGGGCAGGCAUUACCGUUCAAAUUCACCCUUGCCCUCCAUUCAGCUUCAGGCCCAGUCUCCGUCUGCUUCCCAGAAGCAUCAGGCUGUCCAGGAGCUCCCUGCCACCAAUACCUUCGUAGGAACAGAACGAGAUGACAACUCUACUGGCUCUGACCAGUACUCGGAUUACAGCUACAAGACCAGUCAGCCAAAAUACAGCACAAAAUCGCUGCCGCACCGUAGAGUGACGUUCUCCACGGCCAAUCCGAUGCAGGACGCUCAGGACUCGUCCCAGCAGAGCUACUAUGACAGCGGCCUGGAGGAGUCGGAGACACCCAGCAGCAAGAGCUCGUCAGGGCCACGCCUCGGCCCGCUGGCACUGCCUGAGGAGCACUAUGAGAGAACCACGCCCGACGGCAGCAUCGGAGAGAUGGAGCACCCUGAGAAUGAUGUUCGGUCGCUUCCUGACGUGGCCAUGACGGGGACCUGCAGUCAGGAGUGCAGUGAGCUCGGCCACUCGGACGCCUGCUGGAUGCCCGGUCAGCCUUCACCCGCCCGCAAAGCACGCACGCUGCCCAAACUCUCCACCUUCGUGCCUUACCAGGAGAGAGGCGGGACCCUGGGACGACUGGCCAACGGCGAGCCUCGGCCCCGCCUCCCGCCCUCACGCAGUGCCUACGCCCCCAGCGACCACGCCCCCAGCGACCACGUCCCGAUGGAGGAGGUGCCUCUGAGCGUCACCUCCGAGUUCCCGCCCACCAGUCCCACUUCUAACCACGCCCCCAAACGGGAAAUAUACCUGUGAACGAAGCGGCGAUUGACCUCUGCACUGAGGAAAGGAAUGAAAAUAUCACUCAAAUCGCAAAUUCGGGGUGUUAGUGAACUUUAAAAAAAAAAAAAAAAAAAAAAAAAGUGUGGUAGAGUUGUACGUUUAUUUAUAUUUCUAUUUAUUUAUUCAUCUAUGAAUUCAUCUAUUUAU